CAUGCAGGUCCCCAGCCCCAGCGUGCGCGAGGCGGCCUCCAUGUACGGCACAGCGGUGGCCGUCUUCCUGGUCAUCCUGGUGGCCGCAUUGCAGGGCUCGGCACCCCCCGAGAGCCCCUUCCCCUACCGCAUCCCCCUGGACCCCGAGGGGACCCUGGAGCUGUCGUGGAAUGUCAGCUACGUGCAGGAGACUGUCCACUUCCAGCUCCUGGUGCGGGAGCUCAAGGCCGGCAUCCUGUUUGGGAUGUCGGACCGUGGCGAGUUGGAGAACGCCGACCUGGUCGUGCUCUGGACCGACGGGGACAGUGCCCACUUUGGGGACGCCUGGAGUGACCAGAAGGGGCAGAUCCAUCUGGACGCCCAGCAGGAUUACCAGCUGCUGCGGGCACAGAGGACCCGGGAAGGCCUGUCCCUGCUGUUCAAGAGGCCCUUUGGCACCUGUGACCCCAAGGAUUACCUCAUCGAGGACGGCACCGUCCACCUGGUGUACGGGAUCCUGGAGGAGCCGUUCCAGUCGCUGGAGGCCAUCAACGUCUCCAGCCUGCAGACGGGGCUGCAGCGGGUGCAGCUGCUGAAGCCCAACAUCUCCGUCCCGGCCCUGCCCUCAGACGUGCGCACCAUGGAGGUCCGCGCCCCCGACGUCCUGGUCCCCGGCCGGGAAACCACGUACUGGUGCCACAUUACCGAGCUCCCCGACGGCUUCCCUCGGCACCACAUCGUCAUGUACGAGCCCAUCGUCACCGAGGGCAACGAGGCCCUGGUGCACCACAUGGAGGUCUUCCAGUGCGCAGCCGAGUUCGAGAGCUUCCCCCACUUCAGCGGGCCCUGCGACUCCAAGAUGAAGCCGGAGCGGCUCAACUACUGUCGCCACGUGCUGGCCGCCUGGGCCCUGGGCGCCAAGGCCUUUUACUACCCAGAGGAAGCCGGCCUUGCUUUCGGGGGCCCUGGGUCCUCCAGAUUUCUCCGCCUGGAAGUCCACUACCACAACCCACUGAUGAUAAAAGGCCGGCGCGACUCCUCGGGCAUCCGCCUGUACUACACGGCCACGCUGCGGCCCUUCGACGCGGGCAUCAUGGAGCUGGGCCUGGUGUACACGCCUGUGAUGGCCAUCCCCCCGCAGGAGACGGGCUUCGUCCUCACCGGCUACUGCACGGACAAGUGCACCCAGCUGGCUCUGCCUCCUUCCGGAAUCCACAUCUUCGCCUCUCAACUCCACACGCACCUGACGGGCAGGAAGGUGGUCACGGUGCUGGCCCGGGACGGCCAUGAGAAGGAGAUUGUGAACAGAGACAACCACUACAGCCCUCACUUCCAGGAGAUCCGCAUGUUGAAGAAGGUCGUGUCCGUCCACCCGGGAGACGUGCUCAUCACUUCCUGCACAUACAACACGGGAGACAGGAAGCUGGCCACCGUGGGGGGCUUCGGGAUCCUGGAGGAGAUGUGCGUCAACUACGUGCACUACUACCCCCUGACGCAGCUGGAGCUCUGCAAGAGUGCUGUGGACCCCGGCUUCCUGCAGAAGUAUUUCCACCUUGUGAACAGGUUCAACAGCGAGGAAGUCUGCACCUGCCCUCAAGCCUCUGUCCCUGAGCAGUUUGCCUCUGUGCCCUGGAACUCCUUCAACCGCCAAGUGCUCAAGGCUCUGUACAGCUUUGCCCCCAUCUCCAUGCACUGCAACAAGUCCUCGGCUGUCCGCUUCCAGGGUGAGUGGAAUCUGCAGCCCCUUCCCGAGAUCAUCUCCAAGCUGGAAGAGCCCACCCGCCACUGCCCAGCCAGCCGGGGUCAGAGCCCCGCCGGCCCCACCAUGGUCAGCAUCGGCGGGGGCAAAGGUUGAGCGGGUGUGGUCUCCUCGCUCCCCCCUCCACGCCGUCCCUGUGCGCUCACGCCAGCUCCGCGCACCCCCGUACUCUACGAAGACCCCCAUGGAGCAGCUCUGUGUGCCCAGGAUGAGGGGCUGGACCAAGCCACUGCCUGAGACUAGGGUCCAUUCCAGCAUUCUCCCCCGGGGGAGCCCCUGCAUGGCUGAGAGGGUCCCGUGACAGCUCCCUGUUGACCCACUGAGGACUGGGUGGACCGAGACCCUUGCGCACCCUUUUGACGCAGCGUAAGGGCAACCUCCCUCGGAGGUCUAGAGUCCAGUGCCCCGAAAGCCCUGCCGUCUCUCUGGGAGGGGCCAGCCUCCUGGCACACGAGCCAUGCCUGGCCGCCAUCACCCGAGCUGGCCCCGCGUCCCCAGCCCCAGCUGAUGGCGAUCUGUGUGGGCAUGUGACAGGUGAGAGUGCUGCUUCAACGUGUCCCUGCAGACUGG